AGUCGUGUUUGCCAGUACAGUCUGUCGACGAGUCGCUAUGUCUCCAGUCCAAACGACAGCACUGCUUGGCUCAUAUACUUUACAUUCGGAUUUCAGUUCAAGUGUGGGAAAUAACCCCAUUAGUGGUGUCGUUACUGAGCAGCCUGCCCUGCUCUCACUUCUGCUAACAGGCAACACCUUACUGAAGACAGCCGCCCUCAUGUUGGAGGGGCGGUAGUCUGCACCUAUUCAGCCCUCUUAUCGUCACAGCAGCCUUUUAUAAACAGUCUGUACCCGAGCCCGCCGGCUGGACCACCGACUUUCUUUGAAGCCUAUAGUCACUAUAUAUGACCAACAUACUCGGGAUUGAAAGCGGUUAUUAACAAGAUGGCUACGGAAAACUUGGAAAUGAACGGAAAUGCUGACCGAAACGGCGAGGCUGAGUGUUGUGUUUGCGGUCAGGUCCCGCUGCGAGACCGCUGGCGGAGGCAAGAGGGACCUCUGAACAUGAACCAUUAUGCCAAUAAGAAGAGUGCAGCAGAGAGCAUGCUGGAUGUGGCUCUACUGAUGGCUAAUGCCUCACAGCUGAAGGCUGUGCUGGAGCAAGGACCAGACUUCACCUUCUAUGUGCCCCUUAUUACUCUCAUUAGCAUCUCCCUCAUCCUACAAAUCGUGGUGGGAGUUCUGCUCAUCUUCAUAGUUAAGUGGAACCUGAAUGAUGAACGCAUGCACUACAAGCUGAACAUCAUGGAGAAUAUCGCCACAGCCUUCGUCUUCAUCAUAGUCGUGGUCAACGUCUUUAUCACAGCCUUUGGUGUCCAGCGGCCCAACCCAAGUGCUUGAUCACCCUUUACAUGACCCUCCAUGCCUGCUGAUCAACUUUGUAAAGAUGGACCUUCACACUGUUUGUGCAAAUGGACAGGAUAUUUAUUUAUUCACCAAAGUAAACGGCAUGCAGGUGCAUUUGCCAUUCUGUAAUUCAACCUCCCAGGCUUGUCACUUGUUACCCUGAGGAUCAGGUGACUCUAACCAUAUUCACGGUCAGUUUCUAUUUCAUGUGGCAAUUCACCAGUUUGUUAGCUCUUAUCGUACUCAGGUUACUCAUGCAUAUAAAUGACUGCCUUUACCUAUAAAACAAACAUAUCAGGAGCAACAUACUUGUAUGCCAGUCACAACCAUUGUAAAUAUUUCCUGAAAAAAAAAGACAUUCUACUGUUAUUUUGAAGUUUGAAAUGUGUCAGUACCUGUCAGUCUAAUCCUAAUGUAUGCCUUCAAAAAUGUAAUCACUACAGCAAAAUCCAAAUGAAAUUCUUAAUAGUAAUUGCAUCCGAAGCCAUCUUGGCCUACUGCUGCUCAUGUUGCAUUACAGGAUAGAACAGCGUUAUUAUGGGAGUAAACGUUAUGUUUACAGUGUUCUAAACCUCAAAAGUGGACUUUACAUGCUCUGUUUCUUUAAGUGCUAUGCAGUCUAGUGUGUAAUGUUUAAACUGAUUUACCUGUAUAUAUUAGUUAAUACCAUAAGUGUGUGUGGAUAGAAGUAUAUAGUGUAUAUGGUUGUUUUUAGGCUUUUUUAUCACUUUCUUUUAAAGGACCAAAAAUUGUUAGAGCUUUUACUAUAUGAUCUUGUAUUACACACUGUGACUACAAUUUUAAAUGAAUUUUUAUAAAUAAAACUACAAAAGUGA